UCGUUGCAAACACUCCCAUACGCUAUUGUGUAAACACGCCAUUUUGGAAACGCCGAUAGAAAAGUUUUGAUUAAACUUUCAUAUUCGUUAAGUGGUGUAAAAAGUGUUAUAUUUAAGUUAAAAACUUCGUCAUUUAUCAUUGUUAUACAAAAAUUCAGCAAAAAAAUGAGUCCAUUAAACAGAGGACCUCUUUUGGGCCCCCGAAUGCCGCCGGUUGGUAUUCGGCCACCGCCUCCACGUUUUGGUAGACUUCCAAUGCCAUCCAUUCCUCCAAGAAUGGCACCACCACCCCCCAUGGGUGGUGUAUUUGGCCCUAUGCGUCAACGAAUGCCAUUACCACGUCCGGGAAGUGCAAUAAGACCAGGACCAGGUGGUCCACCUCCAUUAUUUGGACCAAGGAACCGUGGCCCUCCACCUCUGAUGAUGCCCAUGAUGGGAAUGAGAGGAGUAGGACCUAGAGGACCACCUAUGAGACCUGGACCACGAGGAAUUUUACCACCACCAGGUAUACCACACAUGAGGCCUCGAUUCCCUCCAGGAAAUGGAACUCUUAAGGCCAAAGUUAUGAAUAAUGCCAAGAAAGCAAGUAAACUUGAGGAACUCGAAUUGAAGAAGCCAUGGAUGACAGAUGAAAUACGUAGUGAAAUUCAGAAAAAAAAUAAAUUAUAUGCGAAAGCUAAAAAAAAUAAAGACGCGAUAGAAUGGGAAGAAUUCAAAGAUCUGAGGAAUAAAGUCACAAGAAUGAUCAGAGACGCAAAGAAUGAGUAUCUUUCUAAAAAUCCCGACCAGGCAGCCUUGUACCAAGAUGAUCCAGAGUAUUGUGAUGGAAGAGAUGAAAACGAUGAAAGUUGCGAAGAAGAAGAAAAUAUUUUCUACUGCGAAAUGUGUGAUCGUGAAUAUCACACUGAACAAUUGUUUGAUGCACAUAAACAAACUCAUCGUGAGUGUGGUAUAGAUGGAUGUACUUUUUCAGCGCAUCCGAAAUUAGUUGAAAAACAUAUUCAAAUGCAACAUCAAUCUGGUCUUUAUCAUAGAUUAAAAAAUUUAUCACAACCAGAAGACAUUGAAAAGUGGAGAAAUGAAAGAAAACGAAAAUAUCCCACACGUGCUAAUAUUGAGUCAAAAAAUUCUGAAGCGAUAGAAAAAAAAGAACGAGGUGAAGUAAUCAAUGAUACUAAAAAACCUAAAUUAGCGAAAAAAUCUGUAAAAAAUAGACGCCGAAAAGCCAAAAAAUUUAAGAAACUCUCUGAAACAGAAAUAAAAGAAGUAGAACCGGUUGUAGAAAUGUAUAGAGGAAUAGCACCAUUUAGAGGAACCAAAUACUUGAAAGACGAUUAUCCUGACAUAAACAAUGAAUCAAAUAAACAAGAUAUUAUUGAUGAAUAUAAAAUAACAGACGAUGAAGAAGAGGAAGAAGAAGAAGAAGAAGAAGAAAUUUCCCUACCUAAAAUUGAAAAUUCUAAACCAAUUACCAUAAGUUGUAGCUUAGUUGCUGACUAUGCAAGUGACUCGGACAAUGAACCUCCUGACGAAAUUCCUAUAACAAAAACACAAGUCCAUAAAAUAGAAGAUUUAGAACAACAGACAGAAAUGGAUCAUUCAACAGUUGCAACAAUGGAUAAUAUCGAAAUUGUAGAAACAAAAACUGAUCAAAUUGCAACAGUAUUAAAAGAAAAUCGUUUAAAACGUAAGCGAAAAUUAGAAAAUGAAAACAACACUAGAAAAGACAGUAUAGAAGAAAUGAAGAAAAGGGAAUCAAAAAAACGCAAAAGACCUAUGUUAUUACAGCAACUACUUUCUAGGUCUAUUACUCAUGAAAGAAAUUUCAUUUGUCAAUGUAUUAAAUAUAUUGUAGAUAAUAAUUUUUUUGAAAAUAAAACGUCAUGAAUAUUUUUUUUAUAAUAAAAUUUA